CGCACAGAACAAACCCGGCACGUACCGCAGUCUGACUCGGCUCAGCGGACGGCAAAGAUGUGGAAGCUUCUGCUGCUCAUCGCGGCUGUGAUUGUCUGGCCGGGAUCGGCACAAGACCAACAGGUGUACCUGACCACGAUUGACAACUGGUCCUUUUGGAAGAUUCGUGCGACAGGCCCGAUGACAGAUGCCAACGUGAAAGUCACGUGUGAGUCGGCGGGGAUGAGGUAUCCGUGUCACCAGUCGGGUGCGGCCGGGUGUACCGUCUUCUGGGACUCAGGCUGUAUCACGUUAACGUUUCACCAUGCCGAAUGCUAUACGCUAAAUGCUCUCUCGAGUGAACUGUGUGGAACCAUAGAACCAUACGGCAGGUAUUGUCAGCCGCUUGAUGACACCUUUGUGUACUACCCUGGCUGGGCCGGUGACAGCGCUUUCGGAGUGGACUACGACACUCACACCCACCACCUGGAAGGAGCGAACUACAACAACAUGUACGCGCUGUGUGCAGACAUCGAUGAGUGCGCGUCCUCCCCCUGUGCUCAUGGGACCUGCAUUGAUGAAGUGGCGAGCUACACAUGUAGCUGUGAGAACGGAUGGACAGGACUCAACUGUGAUCAAGACAUCGAUGAGUGCUUGUCCUUCCCAUGUGUACACGGAACCUGCACGGACACCAUAGGAAGUUACACCUGUAGCUGUGAGAACGGCUGGACAGGACUCAACUGUGACCAAAACAUCGAUGAGUGUGCGUCCUUCCCAUGUUUACACGGUACCUGCACUGAUGGAGUGGGGAGUUACACCUGUAGCUGUGAGAACGGCUGGACAGGACAGGACUGUGAUCAGGACAUCGAUGAGUGUGCGUCCUCCCCAUGCACACACGGCACCUGUACGGACGCUUUGGGGAGCUACACCUGUAGCUGUGAGAACGGCUGGACAGGACAGUACUGUGAUCAAAACAUCGAUGACUGCGCGUCCUCCCCAUGCACACACGGCACCUGUACAGACGGAGUGGGGAGCUACACGUGUAGCUGUGAAAACGGCUGGACAGGACUCAACUGUGAUCAGGACAUAGACGAGUGCGCGAGCAGCCCUUGCAGGUCGGGAGGGACCUGCCUGGAUCACGUGAGCGGCUACAGCUGUGUCUGUCCUAAAGGUACUGCCGGGAAGAACUGUGAAACUGUAUCUUUUACCGGGGAAUGCUACCAGUUCUCUACUUCAGCUGCCACCCACCGAGACGCGGCCCAAGCCUGCAGUACCAAUGACGGCCACAUGGCGGACGUGAGAAGCGAGCAGCAGGAACUGUUCCUGGCCAGCACCUUCGCGGCCACCACUGGCGUGUCCCACUGGCUGGCCAUGAAAACCGCGCCGUUUCCUAUGCUCUACAGCGAUGGAUCUCCUUUCUUAGGUACCCUGCACUGGUCAGCAGGCGAAGUGUCUUCCCCUUUGGACUUGUGUGUUCUCCUGGACAGCUCCGACAGUUACAGGGCGAAAACUGUUUUCUGCACGGAGCAGCACAACUACGUCUGUCAGGAUGCUCUGAAACCCUGUGAACCAAACGUGUGUCAGAACGGCGGAAACUGCAGCUCCUGUUUCGGCGGCUCCACCACCUUCUGUGACUGUCUGGAGGGGUUCGGAGGAAAGCAGUGUGAAAUUAACAUUGACGAGUGUGCCUCCGGCCCGUGCCAAAAUGGCGGGAGUUGCCAUGACUACAUAAACUCCUACCACUGCAUUUGUCUAACUGGUUACCAAGGAGACCACUGCGAGUCAGACCCGGAUUGGUGCUCCCAAGUCACGUGUCCAUUUGGGUUUGUCUGCCAGGACUUCACGUUCUACUUCCAAUGCGUUCACCCAUCUUCCGUUUCCCGGGGAUUGCCGUACCAGUGCAGCAGCGCCUCCUGUCCGGAUGGCUUGAACUGCACCCCUGAGGGCGUGGCAGCCUUCUCCUGCAGGCCUGAGUGACGUCACAACCAGGGCCUCCCACGUGACAACGACCAGCCAAUAGCCGCUUCAUGCGUGCCUUGAAAAUGCGU